CCCGGGGGAGGGGUGGGGGUGUGUGGGUGUGGGGGGAGGGGGUGACUCCGGGGGCGGAGGGGACGAGAUUGAUUUCGAUAACCGGCGGCGCGAAGAUGAAUAAGAAAUUCGACAAGAAAGACGAGGAGUUGGGAAGUGGUUCCAACCCUUACCAACAGCUGGAGAAGAGUACAGUCCUCCAAGAGGCCCGUGUAUUUAAUGAAACACCACUGAACCCCAGAAAAUGUCUGCAUAUCCUUACGAAGAUUCUGUACCUGCUGAACCAGGGUGAACAUUUUGGAACCACGGAAGCCACUGAGGCGUUCUUUGCAAUGACUAAGCUGUUUCAGUGCAAUGAUCAAAUCCUCAGAAGAAUGUGUUACUUAACAAUUAAAGAGAUGGCUAACAUUUCAGAAGAUGUAAUCAUAGUCACAAGCAGUUUGACCAAGGACAUGACUGGGAAGGAUGAUGUUUACAGAGGUCCAGCUGUGAGGGCGCUCUGCCGUAUUACAGAUAUGACAAUGCUGCAGGGUAUUGAACGCUACAUGAAGCAAGCAAUUGUGGAUAAAGUUCCAAGUGUAUCCAGCUCUGCCUUGGUCUCCUCUAUGCACCUUGUCUCCACAAGUUAUGAUAUUGUGAAACGCUGGGUAAAUGAGGCUCAGGAAGCUGCCUCAAGUGACAACAUCAUGGUGCAGUACCAUGCUUUAGGCCUUUUGUAUCGAAUUCGGAAGGCUGACCGUUUAGCUGUCACAAAGAUGGUCAACAAAUUUACAAAGUCUGGUCUGAAGUCGCCGUUUGCAUAUUGCAUGUUGAUUCGCAUUGCAAGUAGGCUCCUGGAGGAGUCAGAGAGUGGGCAUGAUAGUCCCUUAUUCGAUUUCAUCGAAAGUUGCUUACGCAACAAGCAUGAGAUGGUUGUCUAUGAAUCAGCAUCGGCUAUUGUCCACCUCCCUAACUGCACUGCAAGGGAAUUGGCACCAGCUGUCUCGGUGCUCCAACUUUUCUGUAGCUCGUCUAAACCAGCCCUGAGAUUUGCUGCUGUCAGAACCCUCAAUAAAGUUGCAAUGAAGCAUCCGUCUGCAGUCACUGCUUGUAACCUGGAUCUGGAGAAUCUGAUCACAGACUCGAAUCGCAGCAUUGCCACGCUUGCUAUCACCACACUGUUGAAAACUGGAAGUGAAAGCAGUGUGGACCGGCUCAUGAAGCAGAUUUCCUCCUUUGUUUCGGAAAUCUCUGAUGAGUUUAAGGUUGUUGUGGUUGAAGCGAUCAGUGCACUGUGUCAUAAAUAUCCUCGCAAACAUAGCGUCAUGAUGAACUUCCUCUCCAACAUGCUGAGAGAUGAGGGAGGAUUUGAUUACAAGCGCGCCAUUGUCGACUGCAUAAUCAAUAUCAUUGAGGAAAAUCCAGAGAGUAAGGAAACCGGCUUGGCCCACCUGUGUGAGUUUAUCGAAGACUGCGAGCACACUGUUCUGGCCACUCGCAUCCUCCACCUCCUGGGCAGGGAGGCUCCCAAGACCCCGGCACCAUCCAAAUACAUCCGGUUUAUAUUCAACAGAGUGGUGUUAGAGAAUGAGGCUGUCAGAGCUGCUGCUGUCAGUGCCUUGGCUAAAUUUGGGGCCCAGAAUGAGGAGCUACUUCCAAGUGUCCUCGUUCUCCUACAAAGGUGUAUGAUGGACUCUGAUGAUGAAGUUCGUGAUCGUGCAACAUUCUACGUGAAUGUAUUACAGCAGAGGCAGAAAGCUCUUAACGCCGCAUACAUCUUUAAUGGCUUGUCUGUUUCCAUUCCUGGGCUGGAGAGAGCUUUGCAUCAGUAUACCCUGGAGCCUUCGAUUAAACCGUUUGAUAUGAAGUCCGUGCCUUUGGCUACUGCUCUUACUCUUGAGCAGAAGAAUGAAAUGACCCCUAUUGCCAAUAAGCAACCAGAGAAGAUUGCACCAUUACGUCAAGACAUAUUUCAAGAGCAACUGGCAGCCAUUCCUGAAUUCAAGCACCUUGGCCCACUCUUCAAGUCCUCAGCACCUGUACAGCUCACUGAAGCAGAGACUGAGUAUGUGGUUCGUUGCAUCAAGCACACAUUCAAACAACACAUGGUGUUUCAGUUUGACUGUACCAAUACUCUGAAUGACCAGUUACUGGAGAAGAUUACAGUCCAGAUGGAGCCAUCAGAUGCCUAUGAGGUGGUUCAUUAUGUGGCAGCACCAGCUCUUCAUUUUAACCAACCUGGUUCCUGCUAUACUUUGGUGAUGCUGCCUGAAGAUGACCCCACAGCAGUUUCCUGCACAUUUAGCUGCACCAUGAAAUUCAUAGUGAGAGACUGUGAUCCCAACACUGGACUGCCGGAAGUUGAUGGAUAUGAUGAUGAGUAUGUGUUGGAGGACCUGGAGGUGACUGUAUCUGAUCACAUACAGAAGGUGCUGAAACCUAACUUUACAGCUGCAUGGGAUGAAGUGGGUGAGGAGUUUGAGAAAGAGGAAACGUUUGCACUCUCUUCUGUGAAAACACUGGAUGAGGCUGUGAAUAAUAUAAUUAGUUUCCUUGGUAUGCAGCCAUGUGAGAGGUCAGACAAGGUGCCAGAGAACAAAAACGCCCACACAUUGUGCCUGGCAGGUGUCUUCAGAGGAGGCCAUGAUGUGCUUCUGCGAGCCCGACUGGCUCUGGCUGACGGGGUGACCAUGCAAGUGACCGUCAGAAGUGACGCCGAGACUCCAGUGGAUGUCAUCCUGAUUUCUGUUGGUUAAACUUGUUGAUUUUUCUUUUCUUCCCCCCUCCACACACCCCCACCCCCCUUUCAAGAAAUGAUGUACACUUUAAAUUGCCUGACUGAAAGACCAAUUUAGGUAAAAACAUUUGAAAAUCCCCGUGGGUUUCUUUCAUGCGUAAAGCUUUACUGUGGAGUUUAACGUCAGGACCUAUCUUCAGUGAUGGUUUGCUUCCCAGCACAACAGUAAAAGAAAAACUGCCAAACCAUCUCUUAAGUGAUGAACAUAAUUUUUGCACGGUAUAUAUUUUUAAGCUGUUUUUUUGGGGGGCCCUUUCUCCCCCCCCACCCCCCCACCCCCCGCUUGUCUUGGGAGACAAUAGAAUGCUGACAUUCUUCUCCCAAGUCCCGGAAUUUCUAGAAUCUAAACUUCACACAGUUGACACUUUCAUGGCAGGAGCUUGUCACGAGUGUUCAGAUGUCGUCGCCCUGACGUGAAAGGCACCACAUAAAUGUAAAUUGUGUCAUAAAAUUGAAUUAACCUUAAGAUUGUAGAAAUCCCAUAACAUGGGAAAAGAAGGUCGGCAUUAUUUGCAGAAACAGAUGCUAUAAAAGAAGCCAGGAACUUGAAAAUGUACAUUAUUUUUCUUGGCUCAUCUGGAAUACCAGUCGCGAAAUGGCACUUUGUCAAAGGCUUUUGCUAAUAAUGUGUCCACAUCUUAUGAAACUAGCAAAUGUUUGCUGUAUGUGUUAAAAGAUGAAGCCAUGAGAAAUGGUCACCAAGGAUGAAAAGCAGACACUUUUUUGUGAAGCUUUAUUUGCAUAAAAUAAAGAUGAACUAUGUUGAU